AUGGAGAGCAGCCAGCAAGCAAGACAGGAUGGGGCAUGUUCUCAGCAAUGGUCAUCACGUUCACAAACCAACGGUCAAUCAGACUUAGUGCAAGAGGGCCCAAGGAAGGCAUCAUUGCCCGAAAAGUUCAAGGAAUUUUUUGGACUAGGUCGCAAAGAUUCCGGCUUUAACGACAGCACACUCGGCACACCUACCGGGAUCAAUUGUAACCCUCACACGCAGGGCGAAAUCGAUUAUUACGCUUCCACCCUCGAGUACACUCCAGAUCUCGAACGUUAUGCUAUACAAGGCGAGCUGCGCUUCGAGAAAGAGAGUAUAGACGCCUUGGAAACCUUCGAUGGACCUAGCAAUUACUACCGCGCCGAAGCGUACCACAAGCGCCUAUGCUCCGUGCAGCGACGAAGUCCCUACUGUGAUCGCCCGGAUGAAGACCCCGAGCAUCCGCCAACUCCUACUCCCCAGACCAACGCUGAUGCGGGAGUCCUCGACGAGCCCAAUCGUUGGCAGCACUUGAGUGGAUACAGUCCCGAACCGGCCCAGAAACGGAACCGCAUUGGCUCCUUACGCAACUUCGUCAGGUUAAAGACAUUGCGGAAACCGAAUCCCAAAGCCGUUGGACUAUCCCGCAAGGUCUCCAACGCUGAAUCCAUAAUCUCCACUACCGCGUUUUCGAGCGACCCGCAUCCCUUCGGCGUCGAACCGGAUCUACGACUCCCCCACAUCAACGAGCUUGGCUUGCUUCCCUCCAUAGAAGCGCCCUCUGUUGAGCACUCUUCACAAAUCCCGCAUCCAAACUUCACAUACACCAAUAGCGCAACAUCGUCCACGGUCGCGUUGCAUACUCUAUCAAGCAACGUCUCUAAUUACCAUUCUCCUCCCUUGUCGUACCAAGCGUCCCCAGCCGCCUCUUCGCACGCACUUCGCCAGAACUUCUCCACCCAAUCGUCCGCGCUCCCAUCAACAAAUCCAACAUAUCUCGCACCUCAACCAGCCAGCUUUUCCCUCAUGCCUACAUCAGCGCACCAUGGGCCCACGCACUCCGGACCUUCCCCUCUGCCCCCGGCUCGCGGCACGCCGGCACAGUCGCUCGUCCCAUCGGAUGCAACGCAGCGCACGGCCGUGGACGAUGCAUCCGGUCAUCAGAGCUUGGAGUUGAGGCGCACCGCAGACACUGAGCAACUUGCGCUCGCGCUGCAGAGUUUUCAGAUCACUGGAGACGCAACCUUGGGCUGGGAUGACGCCGAAGACCUCGAGAUGUGCGACGAGGAGGAAUGUGCAACAAAUGGUGAGUGCUGUGCUAUGCGGGGCAGGAGCCGGGUGAGGCGGCGAAACGGUUAG